AUUUGUUGAUUGUAUAGGAUUUGAAUGUAAUAAUCAUACUACAAUGCUCUCUCUAACAUGAAUUAUUAUUUUCAAUUAUAUACAGACCUACGUAAUCCAAUCAAAUUGAAGACAAUAUUAAUAUUUAGAAAUUAGUUCCUUUCGACAAUUACAUAUAUAUAUAUAGACACAGUAUAAAUAUUCCAUUAUUUUUAUUCUAUGUCAAAUGAUACCGACUGCAUCAUCAAUUGAUCAUAAAUCAUUUUCAGAAAUCAUGAAUGGUGAAAAGUUUAAUUAUCAAACAACAUAUUUUAAUGAAGAAUCAUCAUCAAUUCAAAAUUCAACAGACAAUUUGACAAAUUCUCAAGCAUCAGAUAUCACAGAACAAACAGAAUCUGACUCAUUUCAGAAUAAUGAAAAUGACAUAGAUACAUCUGAAAUAUCCUCUGUUGUGACUACUCCUACUACUACUACUACUACUACUACUACUAAGUCGUCAUCAAAUGCGGAUAUUAUCACUUCUAAUGAGACUGAAGUUGAAAAUCAUUGUUCACCAAUCGAUAACAACGAUAUUAGUUUAUUAUCUCAGCCAAAUUCACAUUCUUCAACAUAUCGUUCACCUGCUCCAUUUUGGUAUGAACCAUUAGCUGUGGCUGCCAACAAUGCUUGUGAUUAUACAAUUAAGAUUACUUUAGAAAUGGCUAAAUCAGGUCAAGCUCCUAGACCAGUACGUGUUUAUGCAGAUGGAGCAUAUGAUAUGUUUCAUUCUGGCCAUGCACGUCAAUUAAUGCAAGCGAAAUGUGCUUUCCCUGAUACUUACUUAAUUGUUGGUGUCUCAAAUGAUGCAGAUGUUCAUCAUUACAAAGGUCGUACAGUUAUGAAUGAGAAAGAACGUUAUGAAGCUAUACGACAUUGUCGUUAUGUAGAUGAAGUUAUCAAUGAUGCUCCUUGGUCUAUUACAAGUGAAUUUUUACAGAAACACAAGAUUGAUUUUGUUGCACAUGACGACAUUCCAUAUGCAUCACCUGACAGUGAAGAUGUGUACAAACCGCUGAAAGAGGCUGGCAUGUUUCUUGUAACUCAACGUACAGAAGGAAUUUCUACUACUGAUGUAAUUGGACGAAUUGUACGUGAUUAUGAUAUUUAUUUAAGAAGAAAUAUACGACGUGGAUUAUCUCGUAAAGAUUUAAAUAUUAGUUAUAUGAAAGAAAAAAGUAUUCAAUUACAAGAUAAUCUUGAAACAAUGAUGAAACGUGGUUCUACUUUUAUACAAAAUUUCGAUAGUAAACGUCGUGAAUUUGUUGAUCAAUUAGAAGAUAUUUCACAUGAAGUUGUUCGUUCAUUUAUGCGUAUUUUUGGUUCUGAUGGUCAUUUACGUCAUUGGUGGUCAUCACGUCAUUGUAAACGACCGAUAUCAUCGUUAAGUUCCACUUUUUACACACCACAAACAUCACCAACAUGUAGUGCUAGUGAAGAUGAUGAUGAUGAUGACGAUAAUAAGUCAGAUGAACCAUAUCGUAAUAAAAAACCAAGAAAAUGUUAUAGUAUGUCAACGUUUAGAUCAAAAUCCAGUAGUCCAUUUAGUGAUUCCGAUGAACAACAGAUCAAUGAACAAAGCAUAUUAUUACGCACAAAACGACCUCAUGAAGAUGACGAUUACCUUUCAACAUUCCAAACUGAAACUACUACCAUUACAAAGAAUACUACUACUACUAGUAGUAGUACAACUACUACAUCUGCCUUAAACAGAUAUACAAAUGAAACACGACGUAGUUCCUAUUCUCGACAAGGAUCAAAGAGUGAACCUAGACUACGUAGAAACAAUUAUCAUAGUGUUGUACAUUAUUCCACAGGAAGAAAUGAUUCAUAUAACAAAAAGAAAUAAUGUGUGUUUUAUUUCUUUAUUCUAAAAAAUAGUCAAUGAUCAUUUAAAAUUCUCUUUUUUUAUAAUGCUCAAUUCAUAAUAUGUCAAUCCUUUUUUUUAUUUUAUUGACAUAUGAAUGUAGUUAGAGUUUGUAUGAUAACUAACGCAGGAUCUCCUCAACCAACAAUCUGUGUAUCACACACACACACGCACACACACUUACUGAAUAAAUUCAACUCUUUUUUUUACUUUUUAAUUCAAUGAUAACAAUAAUGAUGAUUACAAAAAUACCGAUUGUUUUACACAGACACAUUAAUGACAUAGUCGGUGUGAGAAAAAAUCAAUAAAGUUUGUGCUAACCAAUAUGCCCACCUUUAUGUAUUUAUUUUUAUGUAUGUACUUGUGUUUGUAACUGCUUGUUCCAAGUAAACAAUUUUUUCUCAUAGAAGCGAGAUGAAAAAUCUUGAGAUAAUUAACGUUUUAGUUAGAAUUUCUUCAUAUCGAAAUAAAAUGCUCUGAAUUCAAUUACAGUUGUGUAUGUGUGUAUGUGUGUGCGCCCGUGCCCGCACAGCAGUUUCUUGUUUAAUCGAGUGAAAUUUAUUUCAAAACUUUCCCUCUCUCUCUCUGUGACAUCAUUGGAAGUUUGAUGAUUGUCUCUUUGUGAAUUUACUUUUUACCUUUGAUGAAAUAGAAUGAUACUAGGAUUAUGUGUUUUGUUCCAGUCAAUCGAUUAUGUGUGUACGUAUGUGUGUGUGUAUUGUAUGCCUAUGGAUAAUUUUACUCACUUGUACAUCCUUUGGUUUUUUUUGAAGAAAACGGAAAAAAUAAAGUCAUUUCAUCUGAUUGUUAUUGAAUUGUUUUUUUUUAGAAAAAAAAAUAAAACUUUCAAUUUAAAUCAUUUUGGCGGUUGUUAUUUAGAUGUUUUAUUUUCGAUUUUGCUAAAUAAAUCAAACUUCUUCAGGCAAAUAAUAAUAUAUAAUGAAAAAAAAGUGCUAAAAAUUAUUCAAACUUAAAUCAUUG